AACACAAGAAACAGUUUUCAUUCUACUGCAAAUGUAACCUGGUGGAAGAAACCUUCCCUGUGCCAAAUCAUAAACCCUACUAUGCAGCGUUAAACCCCCAAAUUUGCCACUUCUGAGCUGCCAGAAAUUCACCGGAAACCGCCAAGCGCCACCAGAAAUGGCGUCAAUAGUAUCAGAAACGGUUCCAAAGUUCACUGCUGAAGCACUCAAAUCCGCAGCUAAACAAUCUGAACGUUGCCAUAUUGUUCCUCUCCGCCUUCGUAGAGCUAUCAAAAAGUACCUCCGAGAGCAACAGGAGCCACAUAUGAAGAGAAAAGUGUUGAGGUUAUCAGAAUCAUUCAGCCAAAUAAAGGAAGUGAAUUUGAUGCUGCCAACCUCCACAUCCAAGGAGCUUGUGGAAGAUCCUCUCAAGUCUGUUGAAUGUUCGCAGCGGUGGAAAAUCAAAAGCGUCUAUGGUGACAUCGGCCUCAAGUAUAGGGAGGAUGAAACAGUGGCCUAUGUGGCGUCCCGUAUGCCUGCUGUCUACUCUGCUCUUUAUAGAGUGCUUAGUGAGGUACGUAGAAGAUUGCCUGGGUUUUCACCGGCUAAGGUGUUGGAUUUUGGGGCUGGGACUGGUUCUGCAUUUUGGGCACUUAGAGAAGUGUGGCCACGGUCAUUGAAUAGAAUUAAUUUGGUAGAGCCAUCACAGUCCAUGCAGCGUGCCGGACAAAGCCUUAUAAAAGGUCUUAAAAAUUUGCCACUCAUUCAAAGUUAUGGAAGUAUUCAAGCACUCUCUCAGGAUGUCAAAAAGAGUGACAGACAACAUGAUCUUGUGAUUGCUUCAUAUGUACUUGGAGAGAUUCCAUCUCUGAAGGACAGAAUCACGGUUGUACGCCAGCUCUGGGAACUGACAAGAGAUGUUCUGGUUUUGGUUGAACCGGGAACACCACAAGGAUCUAAUAUUAUAUCUCAAAUGCGAUCUCACAUUUUAUGGAUGGAGAAAAGGAAAAGUCGCAAACUAGAAGAUGCAUCUGGCAAAGAAUGUAAAGCAUUGACGACACUAAAGAAUGGGGCAUAUAUAGUUGCUCCGUGUCCGCAUGAUGGACGUUGUCCUUUGGAUAACACUGGAAAAUAUUGUCAUUUUGUUCAACGCUUGCAGAGGACAACAUCACAACGUGCGUACAAGGUUUGCCUCAUAGUCCUUUUCCCUACAAAAUGUGCACUCUGAAUUUGAUGAAGUCUCUUCUUACUCCCUAGAAUCUAGUAAUAUCCCAUAGG